AUGGCGGCCCAAGAUGAAGUUGACGUAUGUGAAAGUUGGGAGGAUAUGGACGAAAUUGGUUUAGACCAGAAGAUUAAACUGAUGUCAAGUGAAUGCGCUCCUGUGACGGCUCUGAAAGGUUGCAAGGUUACUGUUGAAGAAAACGCGUGUAUAGGAUCUCAGUGCGUUAUGCCAGAGCCAGCCAUUCGUAUCCUCAAGAGGCCGUCAUCCUCGGCAAGUGGACAACUGAACGGUGAAAGCCGUUCGCGUCCCGUCAAAACCCUGGAACAGAGACAGAAAGAGUAUGAGGAGGCUCGCCUUCGGAUAUUGGGUGAAGCCAGAAGCCCUGAAGAUGUUAUUGACGACAACCUCAACCGGUUGCAAGACAAACUACAAGCCAACAACCUCAAUGACAAUCACAAUGUUGGCAAAAGUAAGAACUGUCACAGUGAUAAUACCAAAGGUAAGGAGAGAAAGGUCCUGUCUCGGUUACCACCGGGCGCCAGCCCCACCGGAAUAUUCCCUUCGCCACCACCCCGGGGUGUACUUGUUAUACGAACGCCAAGAGGGCCAGAUGGCACAAAAGGUUUUACGCGGAGGUAGCAUUGCCAAAUUUUAUUCUAAUAUGUGUAAUAAGUUCCAUCCAUUCAUCUGUACAACUUUCCCCAUCAGUAUAUAGGCGGAUUGAUUAUGUAACAUGGUUGCUAACAUUUCCUUUGAAAUUGAUUGAAAUCCUGUCGAUUUCAAUAUUUUUAAAUGAAUUUUUUAUUUGUAAAGGACAAAUUUCACAGUUACAAAGCUAACUUCGUGAUAGCAACCUACAACUGAAUAGUAUAUGUGCAAUCUGUUUCAAAUAAGAGUUGUUAGCAACCAUUUUACGUAAUCAUGCCCCUAAUAGAUAUUAGUUAUGACUUAUAUGUAUAAUGAUAUAUUUAUUUCACAAUUUAUAAUUUAUUCAUAAAUGUUAGGUUUAGAGUAUAUUGUUUUGAUUAACAUCUUUAAGCUUGAAGGUUGUAGAUUUCUUGUAAACGUAACCAUAUG